CUUAACCUGUGUCAUACAUGUAACCACAGGGACCACCAGGAAGGCUCAGGUAGAUCCGCCAAUACCACUCCAAUGUAAGAAGGGGUGCUAUCACUAACCUGCUGUUUCUUCCACUGCUCCAGAUAUACCCUGGGAAAUGACACCUAUCCCUGCCCCAGGUCGGCAUCCAAACCCCACCCUUGGACUUAUUUAAUCAGAUGACCUACAGAUGGAGCCAAGUAGGCUAUUUUCUAUUAAUACGUAAAGGAAGAUAUUUAGUCUGACAACCUGAACCCUUACACCCAUGCCUUGUGAAUUCUUCACAACUGCAAUCACACUACUGGAAAAGCUGACUGCUGCUCACAGAGGUGGCACACAUCUGCUCUGGAAGGCCAACUCCAUUUUCAGGAUGUUGUUUGGACAGACAGUUCUGCCCACCAUGUCUCACACUGGAGCUCAGGGUAUCAUCGGAAGUCAUUCAGCUGCUGGGCUGCGCAACUACAAGAUUGUGUUUUAUGAGUAUGAAAACUUCCAGGGGCGUAGAAUGGAAUUCAAUGGCGAAUGCCGCAACCUGUGUGACAAGGGGUUUGACCGCGUUGGCUCCAUUCGAGUGGACUGUGGACCAUGGGUAGCUUAUGAACAGCAGAAUUUCUGUGGAGAGAUGUUCCUGCUUGAGAAAGGAGAAUAUCCUCGAUGGGACACCUGGUCAAACAGUUACAGGAAUGACCGAAUCAUGUCCUUCCGUCCUGUCCGCAUGGAUGCACAGGACCACAAGAUUUGUCUCUAUGAGUGUGUAAACUUUGAAGGACGCAAAAUGGAGGUGUGUGAUGAAGACAUCCCCAGCCUGUGGUCAUAUGGCUUUCAGGAUAGAGUAGCCAGCAUUCAAGUCACUGGGGGAACCUGGGUGGGCUACCAAUACCCUGGAUAUCGUGGAUACCAGUAUGUGUUUGAGAGUGGGCCCUUCAAGCAUUGGAAUGAAUGGGGAAGCCCUCACCCUCAGAUCCAGUCCAUCCGAAGAGUGAAGGAUAUGCAGUGGUACCGAAGGGGCUGCUUUGAGUUCACCGCUUAGAAAUCAGCCUCUGUCAUUUCAUGUAGCCCUUAGAAAUGGGCACGUUUUGGGUGAAGCAGAGGGGAAGAAUAAAUUAUAUAUAUCACCAGGACAGGCUACAGAACCACUCAGAGACAGACAUGUGUCACAGGUUCAUACUGAUUGACCAAGCCUUCUCUGGCAUAAUGGAGGCCAGGUCUUCUACUUCAUAUGCUAAAAGGUCAUCUUCAUCCUAGUCCAGGAAAAUAAUGAGAGCAACAGAUAACACAUGUGCCUGCCACUGAGCACCUGAAUUUGUAUGGAUGAUCUGUUUUCAGUCAGCUUCUACUUUUUUUUUCUUGUUUUAAACCUAACUGAUCAAACUAAUGAACUGAGGUUUUAAGGAGGACUGUCUGGCUAAUGCAUGGCACCUCAGGGCAUUGCAUUAGGAAUUGGGCAAAAAUAACCAAAGAGAGAUAAUAAAAGCAUGAACCAUGCUUCUAAAUCCCACUCACACUGCCAGCUUAGUCUUGGAAUGGUGUGGCCUCCUGGUAACUAGAACAGACAGACCUUGGCACCAUCACCAAGAAGCCUACGCAAACUGGGCAUUAUAUCUUUUUCUUUCUGAAUGCCUUAGUUUGAGUCGAGGUAAUAUCUUUCUCAGGGAUUCAGGCAUCUGAAGACUACCAUCGUUCUCCACAGGAUGAAAAAUCUCAGUCCUCACCAUCCAUCAGGCAGCUGUUGGCUCCACGGAUCUUCAAUUUCUUCAUAACA